UCCUUCUCCAUCUUAUACCUUCCUAAACCCGCAUACACGUCGCAUAGACUUCUCCCGGUGCAUUAACCGGUUCCAGCGCCAGCAACAGCAUCGUAGGCUGUUCCGCUACGCCUCUUGCAUCUCUAUCUCUCCAGUUGAGCCUGCAUGUAUAAGCCUAGCAAUACGCCAUAGACUGUAGAGUGAAAGGCAGAGUUGAGAUCCUCGAUGAUCUACUAUCUUGAUGCAUUGUAAUUUGUAAUGCUCGAUCCCUGGUUAAUAAUUGUGUAGAAAUUAGUUAAGAAUUAUAUUUUUUUAAAAGAAAAAUAAAAAUAAAUAAAUAAUAAACAAGAACGGAGAGAAUAUAGAUCUCAUCAAUAUCUUUAGAUUUGUAAAAUCCAGAUAUUAUGUAGUAAAACAAAAAAGAAAGUAAAAUAUUGAUUUUUGGAGAUUUAUAUGUGAACAAAUCGGUUGGAAACCCUAGUUAAGAUAACUUAUCAUUAAAGAGUAGUCUAUAUGAAAAAAUAGUGUGACUCACACAAACUAAUGGCGAAUAAGGAGAAGCUUCCAUGGGAUAUGGUGGAAGAGAUCCUAUCUCGUGUCCCUCCUACUUCUCUUGUCCGAUUCAGAACCGUUUGCAAACGAUGGAACGCUCUCUUCAACGACAAGACGUUCAUCAACAACCACAAGAUGACGUUUCAAUUUAUUUUAACAACUACAUCCAAGAUUUAUUCGGUAAGCGUCAAACCCAAGGUAGAGGUGCGUGAGUUAACCUUAAAUACUCCCGGUUUAAAAGCUCAAAUACCUGAAUUCUUGGUUGAUACCAGUGGAUUCUUGCUUUGUGACGUGGGUAAUGGAGCUGUGGUUUGGAACCCUUGGUUAAGACAGACUAGAUGCAUCGAGCCCGAGGUUAACCAACCUAGUUUGGAUUUUGUUGGCAUAGGUUAUGAUAAUAAUAAGAGAGUUGAGGAAAUUGUUUACAAGACCCUUUCGGUUUAUAUGAAGGACUUAGGCUCUAGCGAUACGUGGAAAAUCCAUGACUUUGCCUCCGAUACGUGGAAAGAUGAAGAUUUAGACGAAGCAAAAUAUAGUGUUACCAUUAAAUAUAACUUAACAAGUGUUGUAUCGUUGAAUGGAACUUUGUAUUGGGUUGCUUAUAAUGAUGACAAGACUCAUGAUACUGAUCCCUUCUUGUUCUAUUUACUUAGCUUCAAUUUUUCGAGCGAAGAAUUCUUGAAGUUUUGUGAUCUACCAAGUGGGAAGAACAAUGCUUGCGAUGCUCUUGUCGUAAGGGUUUUUAGGGAAGAUCGUUUUUCGUUGUUGAAGCAGUGCCAUGUAACAAAGAAGAUAAAGAUUUGGGUGACCAAGAACAAGAUUGAUAAUCAGUACGGUGGGGAUGUGAAAUGGAUGAGUUUCAUGGAGGUGUCAAUUCCUAACAUGCCGGAUUUAGUACAAACCAAAUUCUACUAUCAGCCAAGUUACUUCAUUGACGAUAAAAGGCUCGUCAUUUGUUCUUGUGAUGAAACUGGUCAGGCAUGGAUCUAUGUUUUGGGGGAAGAGAAGUUGAUCAAUAAAGUUCGCUUGGAUUCUGUGGCCGAUCCUUGGCCUUUGCAUUGUACCUUUUUUCCCAAUUUGGUCCUAAUUCCUGGAGGUCAAAGAGAAGAAGCAGAAUCACUAGUUCAAUUUCCUUACUUUGUGUUUCUUUUUUGGUUUUCUUCUACAAUUUUUUCCCUUAUCUUUUUUCGUUUUUGGUUUAAUUUAUAAGGAAGUUCUAAACCCUUAGCCUAUAAUCUCUCUUGGCCUCGGAUCCGGCUUUAGUUCUUUAUUUGGUUGUUUCGGAAGCUAAAACUUCGUUUACGUUUUCUUUUGGCAAAAUAAAUUAUUUUUGAUAGUUUAAAACAUACUAGAUUGAAACAUGUUUAUUGGACUCAGUUUAACUCUACUUCAACACAAGUAAACCAUAAUUAAUAAAGAAGGAUCAACUUAAAUAAUUUGUAUGAGAAGAAGUUACAACCGCAUUGUAUUCUCGACAAGAUUCGGAACAGCCCAUAUAAGAAGAAGAUGUUUACGUUCACGCUCUAUA